AUGACCUCUAUCAACGUGAAUAAAUUAAAGUUAAACGAGUUGAAAGACGAGCUGAAGAAGAGGCAACUGUCCGACAAGGGGCUGAAUGCCGAAUUUAUGGACAGCCUGCAGGCGGUGCUGAAUGAAGCCGGAGGAGCUGAGGCGGGGGAGUACUGCAGCCAAGGCGACCGGGCAGUCGGACUGAAUGACAUGGGCGAGGAGGACCUGGAUGAAGACCUGAUUAGGGAGAGCAUGGAGGCGGACGGAUUGGAAGAUGGAGACAGGGUAGAAGGGGGCGAAGCAGAGAAUGAAUUCGCCAAUAUCGAUGAUGAUAUGGGGGAGGAGGAUGCGGGAGUAGAUAUGGAUACAUCGGAUGAAGAUGAACUACUAAAAGAAGAUGAUGAGGAGAUUGAUAAAUUCGAUGAUGAUGAUGCUGCACUAAGGUCUCUCCCUGGAGAGGGUAAGCGAUACAAGCCAGUUAAUCGACCCUGCCAAGGUUGUUGAGCAGCGGCUAGCGUUCACGUCUUGAAUAACAGUUCAUCAAAGAUAUGUCAACCAGUUAGCCUGCUAAGUUAACCAGCUAUUGUACAGUAGCUAUAUCGGAAUUUAUGCAAGGAUCCAGUGUAGCUAGAUAGCUAUUUGUGGACUGUAAUGUUUUGUAUGGUUGCACAUGACAGGUGUAUGUUUACACGCACUGGUUUUGUGUGCCGGGUUUGCGUUUCUUCAAGCGGCAGACAAAGAUACACUUGCCUGUGUGCAGAUGAUUGGUGUGGUUAGCUAGCUAGCUGUGCAAAACUGGCUAGUGGCGACGCACCUCAAUACCUGCUUUGUUAUUGUUUUAUUUCCGAAGGGGAUGCUGACAAAGACACGAGCGGAGAGCAGAAAAAUAAGAAGGGUGUUAAGAGACGCCGGGAGGAACAUGGAAGGGGCUACUUUGAGUUUAUUGAAGAAAGCAAGUACAGCCGAUAAGGAUGGUGCAGUAGAUGGGCCCUCGGUUAGCUCAGAGUCGCUUCGGUCUGUUGUGUUGACUUUAACAACCAACACAGUCCUAAAUGUUAACCCUGACCCGGCUGCUGAUAUUUUUUUGUUUACAUGUUCCUUGUGAAGAGGGCAUAACCUUACUAUAACCUGUUACUACUGAACACAGUGUUGCCACUGCAAACCCAUUUCUGUAGGUAGCCUAAUGGUGCUUGGCAGUUAGUGAUAGGGAGGGUUAUGGCGAAAAAUGUAUGCACUCACUAAUUGUAAAUCGCUCUGGAUUUUAUUGACAACCAAAUGUUCCGCGACACAAAGACUACUCCAUGGCUAUUCUGAAAGUUCUAAUAGAGGAGUCGAAUAAUGGAACACCCAAUACUAGCCAUGUAAUAAAACACAUUUAUAGUAUUUUAUGAAGGGAUAAGACAGCAUUAGAAGAAAGGAUAACUAGCAAAGUAAUAACAUCUUCAAAUAUAAAUAAUUAGAACACAAAAGUACUCAAUCAACAUGGUGGAGAUAAAAACAUAGCAAACAGAAGACAUAGAAGGCACAGUAUGUGGAUAUGCGUGGAUGUAUUGUGAUGGAAGGUGUGGUGUGCGUUUUUGUGUUUGGAAAAGUGUGGCGUUAAGUGAGUGAGAAAGGAAAUGGUUGCAUAUCCCAGAACCAAUGUGUGUUUGUGAGCAGGGGUUGUGAGAGAGAGCUUUCAAUUUUGUUCAGAUGACUUAAAAAAAAAAAAAGUAUACAUACAAGUAUACAUCCCCAUUUUUUUUUGUGUCCUAUCAUGAUGGAACGGUCCCCAACCCUAUAUCCUAGACAUCCACCUGACCGACCCAUACACCAAAGAGAAGUCCCCAUCUGUUUUAUGGCCCUGCUGUAGGUUGCCUAUAUGCAGCCAAAACAGAAAAAUUAAUGCGAUCAGAGACCUACUAGAGCAGCACCGCCCCCUCAAGAUUCUGAGCCUGCCUGGCAGGGUUGGUCCUACAAAGCCAGAGCCCCCUGAUGGGAGAGCAUAAUAUACAAGGAAAUUCUCAAAGCUGCUAAUGAGAACCUUGACGACCUUGUACCUAGCCGGUGGGGUACCCCCACCCAGGUAGUGGCAGUGCUGGCAACACUGGCUGCAGUAACCCAUGGGGAGAGGGUCACUCUGACAAUCAGAGAGGGGGCAUAUUAUUGUGGCCCUGGUGGCACAAAAUAAUCAAAGGUGCUUGGGAAAAUGGUUACAACGGGGGACCAGAGUGUGUGUGUUUCAGGGGAAGGGGGUGGAUUCUGAUCUCCAUCACCUAGGACUUGACAUAGGUUAAUCAAAUCUCAAUUAUUUGGUCAAUUUUUGCUCAAUCUUGCAUGCUUUCUCAAACAGCUGUAACUGUAUAUGCAUUCAUAAAUCAGGUCCUUUCUUGAGUUGGGCUCUGGGAUGUAACAACCAAGGGGUUGAGUGUGUUAGAGUAUGUGCGUGUGUGUGUUUAUCCCAAAUCUAUUGCAAGGGGGUAAGGAUGUUAGGGAGAAUAUAGGAUGAACCACUAAUUGUUUGCUAAAAUAAUAAUUGCGUGACAAAAAUAUAAUGCAAUGGCAAUCCGGGUUAUAGGUAACAAUCCUUUGCAUGAACUGCUGACAUUAUUACACAUAUUCAUUGAUAGUGAUGGAAAUUAAGAUAUGCAAGAUAUUUGAAUAGAUAAAUAUUUUUAAGAGCUAUAUAUAAAGCAAAUUGAGGUGAGAGCAUUGGAAAUGCUUUUGGCGGUUGACCUGCUUCUGUUUUAUGGGUGGCACUGUGUGCUGUUUUCAAAGUAUGGAUCCUGGCCUUUCGGGGGCCUAGGGAUCCGGGGGGACGGGGGUGGUCUGCCGAUCACUGGGAUGACAACCCAACUUGGGAUGGGCAGGGGCUUUAGUGGGGGGAAUAGUGGAGAACAAUUGGAGGGUUACUUAGUAGCAAUGCAAAUAUCAUGGUACAGCUACAGUGAGGGAAAAAAGUAUUUGAUCCCCUGCUGAUUUUGUACGUUUGCCCACUGACAAAGAAAUGAUCAGUCUAUAAUUUUAAUGGUAGGUUUAUUUGAACAGUGAGAGACAGAAUAACAACAAAAAAAUCCAGAAAAACGCAUGUCAAAAAUGUUAUAAAUUGAUUUGCAUUUUAAUGAGGGAAAUAAGUAUUUGACUCCUCUGCAAAACAUAACUUAGAACAUGGUGGCAAAACUCUUGUUGGCAAUCACAGAGGUCAGACGUUUCUUGUAGUUGGCCACCAGGUUUGCACAUAUCUCAGGAGGGAUUUUGUCCCACUCCUCUUUGCAGAUCUUCUCCAAGUCAUUAAGGUUUCGAGGCUGACGUUUGGCAACUCGAACCUUCAGCUCCCUCCACAGAUUUUCUAUGGAAUUAAGGUCUGGAGACUGGCUAGGCCACUCCAGGACCCUAAUGUACUUCUUCUUGAGCCACUCCUUUGUUGCCUUAGCCGUGUGUUUUGGGUCAUUGUCAUGCUGGAAUACCCAUCCACGACCCAUUUUCAAUGCCCUGGCUGAGGGAAGGAGGUUCUCACCCAAGAUUUGACGGUACAUGUCCCCGUCCAUCGCCCCUUUGAUGCGGUGAAGUUGUCCUGUCCCCUUAGCAGAAAAACACCCCCUUAGCAUAAUGUUUCCACCUCCAUGUUUGACGGUGGGGAUGGUGUUCUUGGGGUCAUAGGCAGCAUUCCUCCUCCUCCAAACACGUUGAGUUGAGUUGAGUUGAUGCCAAAGAGCUCGAUUUUGGUCUCAUCUGACCACAACACUUUCACCCAGUUCUCCUCUGAAUCAUUCCGAUGUUCAUUGGCAAACUUCAGACGGGCCUGUAUAUGUGCUUUCUUGAGCAGGGGGACCUUGCGGGCGCUGCAGGAUUUCAGUCCUUCACGGCAUAGUGUGUUACCAAUUGUUUUCUUGGUGACUAUGGUCCCAGCUGCCUUGAGAUCAUUGACAAGAUCCUCCUGUGUAGAUCUGGGCUGAUUCCUCACUGUUCUCAUGAUCGUUGCAACUCCACGAGGUGAGAUCUUGCAUGGAGCCCCAGGCCGAGGGAGAUUGACAGGUCUUUUGUGUUUCUUCCAUUUGCGAAUAAUCGCACCAACUGUUGUCACCUUCUCACCAAGCUGCUUGGCGAUGGUCUUGUAGCCCAUUCCAGCCUUGUGUAGGUCUACAAUCUUGUCCCUGACAUCCUUGGAGAGCUCUUUGGUCUUGGCCAUGGUGGAGAGUUUGGAAUCUGAUUGAUUGAUUGCGUCUGUGGACAGGUGUCUUUUAUACAGGUAACAAACUGAGAUUAGGAGCACUCCCUUUAAGAGUGUGCUCCUAAUCUCAGCUCGUUACCUGUAUAAAAGACACCUGGGAGCCAGAAAUCUUUCUGAUUGAGAGGGGGUCAAAUACUUAUUUCCCCCAUUAAAAUGCAAAUCAAUUUAUAACAUUUAUGACAUGCGUUUUUCCUGAUUUUUUUGUUGUUAUUCUGUCUCUCACUGUUCAAAUAAACCUACCAUUAAAAUUAUAGACUGAUCAUUUCUUUGUCAGUGGGCAAAUGUACAAAAUCAGCAGGGGAUCAAAUACUUUUUUCCCUCACUGUAUCACUAAAAGCUUCAGUCAUAAAAAAGUUAUACUUAAAUCCGAACUGGUUCUCUAGCAAAUUAGUAAGAUUGUCUCACCCCAUGUUCAAGAAUGGCCUUUUUCCCUUUAUUCAGAUUACAACCUCUCACUUUCAGUUACAGUUGAAGUCGGAAGUUUACAUACACCUUAGCCAAAUACAUUUAAACUCAGUUGUUCACAAUUCCUGACAUUUAAUCCUAGUAAAAAUUCCCUGUCUUAGGUCAGUUAGGAUCACCACUUUAUUUUAAGAAUGUGAAAUGUCAGAAUAGUAGUAGAGAGAAUUAUUUAUUUCAGCUUUUAUUUCUUUCAUCACAUUCCCAGUGGGUCAGAAGUUUACAUACACUCAAUUAGUAUUUGGUAGCAUUGCCUUUAAAUUGUUUAACUUGGGUCAAACGUUUUGGGUAGCCUUCCACAGGCUUCCCACAAUACGUUGGGUGAAUUUUGACCCAUUCCUCCUGACAGAGCUCGUGUAACUGAGUCAGGUUUGAAGGCCUCCUUGCUCGCACACGCUUUUUCAGUUCUGCCCACAAAUGUUCUAUAGGAUUGAGGUCAGGGCUUUAUGAUGGCCACUCCAAUACCUUGACUUUGUUGUCCUUAAGCCAUUUUGCCACAACUUUGGAAGUAUGCUUGGGGUCAUUGUCCAUUUGGAAGACCCAUUUGCGACCAAGCUUUAACUUCCUGACUGAUGUCUUGAGAUGUUGCUUCAAUAUAUCCACAUAAUUUUCCUUCCUCAUGAUGCCAUCUAUUUUGUGAAGUGCACCAGUCCCUCCUGCAGCAAAGCAACCCCACAGCAUGUUGCUGCCACCCCCGUGCUUCACGGUUGUGAUGGUGUUCUUCGGCUUGCAAGUACCCCCUUUUUCCUCCAAACAUAACGAUGGUCAUUAUGGCCAAACAGUUCUAUCAGACCAGAGGACAUUUCUCCAAAAAGUACGAUCUUUGUCCCCAUGUGCAGUUGUAAACCGUGGUCUGGAUUUUUUAUGGCGGUUUUGGAGAAGUGGCUUCUUCCUUGCUGAGUGGCCUUUCAGGUUAUGUCGAUAUAGGACUUGUUUUACUGUGGAUAUAGAUACUUUUGUACCUGUUUCCUCCAGCAUCUUCACAAGGUCCUUUGCUGUUGUUCUGGGAUUGAUUUGCACUUUUCGCACCAAAGUACGUUCAUCUCUAGGAGACAGAACGCUUCUCCUUCCUGAGUGGUAUGACGGCUGCGUGGUCCCAUGGUGUUUAUACGUACUAUUGUUUGUACAGAUGAACGUGGUACCUUCUGGCGUUUGGAAAUUGCUCCCAAGGAUGAACCAGACUUGUGGAGGUCUUCACAUUUUUUUCUGAGGUCUUGGCUGAUUUCUUUUGAUUUUCCCAUGAUGUCAAGCAAAGAGGCACUGAGUUUGAAGGUAGGCCUUGAAAUACAGCAACAGGUACACCUCCAAUUGACUCAAAUGUUGUCAAUUAGCCUAUCAGAAGCUUCUAAAGCCAUGACUUCAUUUUCUGGAAUUUUCCAAGCUGUUUAAAGGCACAGUCAACUUAGUGUAUGUAAACUUCUGACCCACUGGAAUUGUGAUACAGUGAAAUAAUCUGUCUGUAAACAAUUGUUGGAAAAAUGACUUGUGUCAUGCUCAAAGUAGAUGUCCUAACCGACUUGCCAAAACUAUAGUUUGUUAACAAGACAUUUGUGGAGUGGUUGAAAAACUAGUUUUAAUGACUCCAACCUAAGUGUAUGUAAACUUCCGACUUAAACUGUAUGUUUAUGUAUGUAUGUAUGUGUGUUAUGUCUCGUCUAAAACAAUCUCGGUCGACCAACAUUCUAACGACCAAACAAUGGGCCAGUCGACUAAUUGGGAUCAGCCCUAACGGGAGGUUGCCCUGACCCACGCACUGUUGGACAACAGAGUGGAGCAGUGGGACGAAGGAAAGCAACUGUGUCUCUGUCGGUUUUCUGUCUGUCCAGUAGUAUUAAGCUUGGGCAAUUUUCUUUUUUUUUCGCCUAGUAGGCUGCAAUAAAAGUGUGUGUGAGAGAUUAUUUUCCUCUAAUAUUGAUUGUAUUUUCUCCUUACAGGCCAACGUCUUCGAUACACGUGUUAUAAACCCCUUCACUGGUGAACAGAUAGAUAUUCUGUAGAUCAACAAAACUUCAUUUUAAACUGGUUGUACAUAUGAUUCAGGAUCUAUGGAAAAUAACUCCCAUCACACAUCUCUCCUAAUGGCAAACAGAGCUGAAUAUCUUCACCAUUAUAGUUUUCUGUUAUGUGUCCAUCCUCAUCUAAAGUGCAUGAAUGGUGUGUACGUUAGGUUUUUCUUAGAAUGUUGUUGGAAGAUCAUACAUCAUAUCACAUACACCAAGAGAGAGGUUGCUAGUCUGAUUUAUUUUCACCAGAAGAAAUGAAUAUCCAAUGGUAUACUAACAUUAGUGAACAUUAGGUGACAUUUCUCACAGAUUUGUUUAUCACGCCCUGCAGUUUCAUAGUGAAGAUUGUGGCAGGCAUUUGACCUUGACAACUUUAAUUCCAUUGUUGAUCAAUCUUGUCAGAACUGGUGCAUGAAGUCUUUCCCCUAGAGUAAGUUGGGAGGCAAAGGCCCCCAAAGCAACAUUUACUCCUUCAUGCACCUAAGUAGUCAGUUAAAACCAAUAAAAGCAAAACUCUUUUAGAUAGUUUUUGUUGAGUGAGAAAGACGUGCCCCUCCGGUGUCCUCCCCUGCCUUACCCCUCCUGCCUCACCCUUCCUCUUGCUCUCUUCCAGGGCCAAGUCCCCCCAGCCCCCCCCCCCCCCGGAGGAAGAAGAUGAGGAGCUUGACGACACCACCGUCUGCCUGGACACCUGUGAGUAGAAUUUAUUAGAAGAUUGAGCUGUGAUCAAUGUGUGAUAGUGACCAAUUGUGUUCAUAUUCACUGUGUGUGUGACCACAGAUAACAGCGACCUGCACUUCAAGGUGUCCCGGGACCGUUACAGCGCGUCAUCCCUCACAAUGGAGAGCUUUGCCUACCUGUGGGCUGGAGGCAGAGCUUCCUACGGAGUUGCUCAGGGAAAGGCCUGCUUUGAGAUGAAGGUGAGGAGAGUCAUCGUCAACAACACACACACACCAGAUUUACAUUUAACAGCCAUUUGUAAAUUUACCGGACCCAUUAGGGCGUCCACCCACGGUGCUCAGAAUGACCGGUAAGCAAGGUAAGACAUGCCUCAUAAUAUGAAGUAAAACGUUCAGGUUUACAAUAACUAAGUAUAUGUUUUCAAAACUCCAGUUCACAUUGCAAAGUGGUGGGUGACGCGUUGAUAGCCUGUCUACCAUUGCCUAUAUGCAUUUGGAGGUGCGCUUCAAUUACCAGUUGAGAAAUAAAAAUAGUACCUCUUUUUAAUCGUGGCCAUCAAAACUGUUUUUAACACGUGAUUGCAUUUAGUUGUUUGUUGCGUAAUGACUGGGCUUAUAAAAGCACGUUUCACUCCAGCAGCAAGGACCUGCAGCUCUAGCACUGUCUGAGGUGAUAUUCCGCUCAAAAUAGGCUCUGUCUGUAUGUUGUGCACGUUUGAUAAAGAAGAUGCAUGAUGACUAACGAAAAUACACAGGCCAAUUAAAUUCCACUAAAUUAUGCAAAUUAACCGAUAGACUGAUAAGCAUGCCGGUGAAAUGUAUUUACUAGUGAUGGGAAGUUCGUCUCUUUUUACUGACUCUGAUCUUUUCUACUCCUUCAGUCAAAAGAACAAAGACUCUGUCGUUCAUUUGGGUUAGUAAUUCCCAGAGCACCCAGGACCCCCUACCGGCGAACGAUGAACUGAAAACUCGAUAGAGUCAUCGUUCUACAAGCCUCUCGUUCACGUUGUUCACCAUAGAGGGCUUAUUGGAGCUGUUAAUUGUGACUGAGACUUGUAAACGUGUGCUUUAAACAAUGUAUUUGUUGAUUGCUAGGCAUGCAAAUACGAUUAUUUCUUGAUACAUUUGAAACAAGGUCUUGUUGAGGCUGCCACCGGACUCGAUUGUGAACGACUCUUGGCGGAAUGCGUUGCUUGACUGCCGUAAGAGUGAUGAGCACAAUGUCAUUUGUGAACUGCAGCCCCCCCCCCCCCAAACUAUUUGUUUGUUGAGCAGAGGCUGUGUAUGUUUUGGUUUUACAAAGCUGUGUCAAUCAUAACAUUCAAUAAUCAGUUAAUUGCAUUCAUUCUUGCACCAAGCAAGAUAUUAUCAGUUCUAAACAUUUUUGUCUUCUCUAUGCUCAGUAUCUAUUUUCAUGCGCGCAUAUGACAGACAGAUGUCGGAACACGUCUCUGGAGCUGCUGAGCCAGAGGAGGGUGUAUUAUCCUGGUAAAUGAUUCAUUGCAGCCAACACUAACAGGUCGGAUGAACGACUAAAAUGAACGAGUCACUCAAAAAAAUGAAUCAUGACUCUCGAGUCAGUAAAAAGAGUCGUUCAAAAAGAACGAAUCAUUCGAAUUGCACAUCACUAGUAUUCCCAUCAAUGGAAAAAAUGAUUAUUUUGCAGUGGGAUUGUUUUUAUUCUCCCGAUCAAUUUGGCCGGCAUUUAUAGGCUUUAAAAAAAGAAAAUUGUCCAAAAGCCGGCAAUUACCGGCUAAAGGAAACCCUCACACACACAAUCCUGGAUUAAAAAUAAUCACAUUUAUUUUAUAAAGCCCUUUUUACAUCAGCAAUUGUCACAAAGUGCUUUACAGAAACCCAGCCUAAAACCACUGAUGAUUAUGAUGAUGAUGGUCUGUUUUGAGAUGGUAAAGAUACAGAACAUCAUGACAAACACACACACACACACACCUCUCACCCUCAGUGUGUUCUCCCCAGAUCAUCGAGAAGAUCCCAGUAAAACAUAUCUCCAGUAAAGGCAUAGACAUCCACGAGGUUCUGGUGGGCUGGUCAUUAGCCAAUGGAACACUGUUACUGGGUGAGUGAGCUAUUAGACCAGGAAUGGGCAACUUUGAUAGGGGUGGGGACCACAAGAAAUCGGAACUCAUCAUGAGGGGCCACAGUGGCUUGAGGGUCUGCCUACCCACAUCCAUACCCACACAUGCAAUCCGAACCGGCCCUAGCCUUUUGGGGGAAAUCCACCAAAAAAUUGCUGACAUGGGAUAAUUGAGUGACUGUCAGUAGCAAGGUUCCAUCAAAUUGGCGACCGAUUUUCAUAGGAAUAUUCUACAAUCCGCACAAAGAAAAUAUGCAAAUUUUCCCACCAGUGGUAUGUUUCCACCAAAUUGACUUGUUGCGGUUAAAAAUCAAUGCGUGAUGACGUGAAUUCGGAAAAUAUUCAGACCCCUUCACUUUUUCCACAUUUUGUUACUUUACAGCCUUAUUCUAAAAUUGAUUUUAAAAAUAAUAAAAAUCAUCAAUCUAUAGACAAUACCCCAUAAUGACAAAGCGAAAACUGUUUUUUUGAUUUUUUUUGCAAAUAUAUUAAAAAUAAACAUACCUUAUUUACAUAAGUAUUCAGACCCUUUGCUAUGAGACUCGAAAUUGAGCUCAGGUGCAUCCUGUUUCCAUUGAUCAUCCUUGAGCUGUUUCUACAACUUGGAGUCCACAUGUGGUAAGUUCAAUUGAUUGGACUUUAUUUGGCAAGGCACACACCUGUCUAUAUAAGGUCCCACAGUUGGCAGUGCAUGUCAGAGCAAAAACCAAGCCAUGAGGUCGAAGGAAUUGUCCGUAGAGCUCCAAGACAGGCUUGUAUCGAGACACAGAUCUGGGGAAGGGUACCAAAACAUGUCUGCAGAAUUGAAGGUCCCCAAGAACACAGUGGCCUCCAUCAUUCUUAAAUGGAAGAAGUUUGGAACCACCAAGACUCUUCCUUGAGCUGGCCGCCCAGCCAAACUGAGCAAUCGGGGGAGAAGGAUCUUGGUCAGGGAGGUGACCAAGAACACGAUGGCCACUCUGACAGAGCUCCAGAUUUCCUCUGUGGAGAUGGGAGAACCUUCCAGAAGAACAACCAUCUCUGCAGCACUCCACCAAUCAGGCCUUUAUGGUAGAGUGGCCAGACGGAAGCCACUCCUCAGUAAAAGGCACAUGACAGCCCGCUUGGAGUUUGCCAAAGGACUCUCAGACCAUGAGAAACAAGAUUCUCUGGUCUGAUGAAACCAAGAUUGAACUCUUUGGCCUGAAUGCCAAGCGUCACGUCUGGAGGAAACCUGGCACCAUCCCUACAGUGAAGCAUGGUGGUGGCAGCAUCAUGCUGUGGGGAUGUUUUUCAGCGGCAGGAACUGAAAGACUAGUUAGGAUCGAGGGAAAGAUGAACGGAGCAAAGUACAGAGAUCCUUGAUGAAAACCUGCUCCAGAGUGCUCAGGACCUCCGGCUGGGGCGAAGGUUCACCUUCCAACAGGACAACAACCCCAAGCACACAGCCAAGACAACGCAGGAGUGGCUUCGGGACAAGUCUCUGAAUGUCCUUGAGUGGCCCAGCCAGAGCCUGGACUUGAACCCGAUCGAACAUCUCUGGAGAGACCUGAAAAUAGCUGAGCAGCGACGCUCCCCAUCUACAUUAGCAGAAAUUUCUAAAACCCUGUUUUUGCUUUGUCAUUAUGGGGUAUUGUUUGUAGAUUGAUGAGGGAAAAAACUAUUUAAUCAAUUUUACAAUAAGGCUGUAAAUAAAUGUGGAAAAAGUCAAGGGGUCUGAAUACUUUCCGAAUGCACUGUAGUGCAAACAAAAUGCACUUUGUCGCUAAAGUUUUAAUGUACCGAAUCAAAAGUUAAAUGUUUUUCCAUCGCAUUUCCAACCGCUGGCAGAUACAGUGUGGGUAGGCUGUGCGAGUUGGCUAGUCUACAUGAUGAGACUAUUAUGGAUAAGAGCGAGAAUAUUUUUAUUUUUCAAACGGCAGUCAAGCAUCGAUCAUCAUGUCACCAGAAUAAGAACCCUCAAUAUUUAUUGGAAAGCAGCAUCAAGCUCAUCACCUUCCACUUUCACCACCCUGUGAAGUUCAUCAUCUUAUUUCAUCUGUAGCGUAAUAAACUGCAUGGUUUCCAGAUUUGUAGUGGGAGGACCACCCACCAUAUCAUCGCGUGACUCCAAAUUUACCUCGAUCUGAUGGUUAUUAUAUCAAUAUAUGCGCAUAAAGGGGUUUCCUGCGCCAUUUCCCGCAUAAUUCAUUUUACCGACACAAAAAGAUCCCACCAUGUCGAACGAACAAAUUAUCUGUUGGCAUUUAUAAAAUUCCACAAACUUCCUGUUUCCUUCACAGCUGUUGUGAUGUAUUUUUUUUUUUUAUACAAUAUGACUUCGCUCGCAUAAAAACUGUGGAUGGAAACGCUGAUACACAACCAUUUGAAAUUUCGAAAUUGCACCUUGUGUAUUCUACUAUUCUAACUCUCAACAGUAAGUUGAGACCCCGAAUGAGUUCCAAUUUUUUAAAAUAAAUCCCUGCAUUAGACCAACCAAUAGAAUUCAGUGGACUCCUGAUAUAUGCUAAGGGAAACCCCUGGUGUGUUGUCCAUAUGUAUCAUAACUCCCUGUCUGACUGUGUGACUGUCUGCUUUGAUGUCCUCAGGAGAGGAGGAACACUCGUAUGCCUUCUCUGCCAAAGGGAAUAAAACCACCAACUGUGUCACAGGACUUCAGAGAGUCCUUUGACGAAAACGAUGUCGUUGGAUGCCUGAUCGUAAGAUAUUUCAAUGAUCACUUUGUCACAUUUCGCUCAAAGAGCUAAAUAGCCACUUUUUGUCUCAAAAUAAGAUGUCAAUUUUAUUUUACAGCUUUACUAGUGCAGAUGAAACUGCUGCUGAUGAUGUUUUGUUUGUCCUCCCUCCUCCAGAACUUUGAGGGCUCGGAGGUAGAGGUGUCCUUCAGUAAGAACAGCCAGGACCUGGGCCUGGCCUUCAAGGUGGACAAGGCCUCUCUGGAGGACGGCCCCUCUUCCCUCACGUCCUCUGUCACAACUGUGCUGUAGAGUUCAACUUUGGCCAGAGGGAGGCGCCACUGUUCGCCCCGCCAGACGACUACAGCUUCCUACAGCAGAUCCCCGUCAGUAGGAGGGUUCGAGGCCCCAAAGGGCCCGACACCAAGGACGUCUGUUGAGGUGAGUGUGUGUUCGGUUUUCCUUUUAUUGAAUCCCAUUCAAUGUUUUCAAUUCUGGACUCCCCACACUCACUGUAUCCCACAUUUGACCACACGGCCCAUUGAAAAUGCAUUAGUCAUUCACGUUGCGCACGUUGCGGCCAUUAUUAAAAUGGCCCUUACUCACUCUUGUCAAUCACCCAGGUGAUCGUGAUGGUAGGGCUGCCAGGUGCUGGGAAAACGGAGUGGGUCACCAAGCACACCCAGGAGCACCCUGGGAAAUACAAUAUCCUGGGAACCAACACCUUCCUGGAGAAGAUGAUGGUGAGUGGUGUUUAAAGGGACAGGACAGCUCACCUUAAAGGGACGGUUCACCCCAAAGUCAGAUGAUUCCAUUCCUCAAAAUUCUCUGCUCUCCUCUGCCAGAUUGACAGUCUGAAACGCCAAAUGAAGGAUGUCACCAAACUUACCGCCAUCUCCCAGCGUGCACCUCUCUUCCUGGGGAAGUUCAUAGAGAUCGCUGCUCGCAAAAAACGCAACUACAUCCUCGACCGGGUAACCACUGAAGCUUUUGAUUUUGUGUAUUUGUUCAAUUGUCGUCUGGAUAACUUAUGGAAAAUAAAAUCACAAAAGAUUUGGCUAAUUCAUCAUCGUCAUCAUCCUCAUGAGCAAGAAAUACAACUCAGUUCUGUGUGUGUGAAUGGAAUGAUUUCUGUAGUUGAAUGGGUGGAUAUGACUUUAACCCUGGUACCUGUCUCUCCGCCUUCUCUCUAUCACAGACCAAUGUGUCCGCCCCAGCCCAGAGGAGGAAGAUGUGUCUGUUUGCAGGCUUCCAGAGGAAGGCCGUGGUGGUGUGUCCUACUGACGACGACUACAAGCAGUGGACGCAGAAGAAAGCCGAGACAGACAGGAAAGACGUUCCCGAGCACGCCGUACUCAAGAUGAAAGGUGAGCUACCACAACCUAGAACACCUGUUACCUGUAUCAAUAACACAUGAGAGCUUAUGUUACAUUUUAGUCCUUUGGCAGACGCUUCUAUCCAGGCUGACUGACUAACUUGUUAGGGGUUGAUAUAACUGAUUCUAUUUCCCUCCCUUCCUUCUGUAGGUAUCUACACCCUGCCGGAGCCAGGGGACUGCUUCAGCGAGGUGAGCUACGUGGAGCUGCAGAAGGAUGAGGCCUCCAAGCUGCUAGACCAGUAUAAGGACGAGAGCCGCUCUGCCCUGCCCCCAGAGAAGAAGGCCAAGAGAGGGGGAAGCAACCGCGGCCGUGGGGGCAGAGGGCAGAGGGGAGGAGGUCAGAGACAGAGGGGGGGGCCGAGGAGGCUUCCAGAUCAGAGGAAACUUCAGGGGGGGUAAGGAGUGUCCCUCUAAUACCUGAAGAGUAUGUCAGUAUGUGUGUGUAAAUACUUGGUUUGGUAUGUACUAUAUACUGUAUAUUGAUCUGUGUGUUUCUCUAACCAGGACCUCGUGGUGGAUUCAGUCCCCCUCCUCAAGGUUUCCUCCCUCCUCCGGCCUUCCGAGGGGGGUUCUCCAACCGGGGCAACAUCAACAGGGGGGUGGGGGCAUGCCAAGCAGGGGGGGCACACCCAGGGGGGGUCCUGGCAGGGGUAACAUGGGAGGUAACAGGGGAGGCAGCAUGACCCGCGGAGAAGGAGGAAGACGAGGGGACAACAGGGGCAAUUUCACACAGGUGGGUCACUGAUUAAUGUACCUGAUAGUAUUGUUGACUAAGUAUUCUUGACUACAACUGUCCCGAGUCUGACUGUAUCAGCUAGAGUGGGUUGUUGGAUUAUUGCAUUUCUAUAUAGGUUUCUGUAUAUAACAACAUAUAUUUGUACAACUCACCAAUUCUGCUGGAGGUCAGCUGGCAGUCCCAGGUGUCUGAUGGCUGUUGUUUUCUGCAGAAGUUCAGAGGCAGAGCAGGCAACAACCACAGCUUCAACAAGAAUGGCAACUUUGGCAAGAACAAUGCCCAGGCCUUCAACCAGAACUGGCAGCAGGGGGUAUGUACUGCUCCUGAUGUAGCUGGACAUAGAGCAGUGCAGCGCAGGCAAUGUUUGCACCGUAGAAAUAUAAUCUAGAUGGUUUGCACCUUAGGACCAAUAGAAUGGUUCAAAACUCUAACCUUUUACCUGUGUCUUCCAACUUUUAGUUCUGGAACCAGAAGCCAUGGAGCCAACAGUACCACCCAGGAUACUACUGA